CUUUGGCCGUGAGGAGGCGGCGGCCGCGGCUCCCGCGACGCCCCGUCCCCGCGGGACGCCCGUCCCGAUUCUCGGCCUGAAAUUCCUCUUGCUAGUCUUCCAUUCUGUUAAAUGCUUCGCAAACCAGAGCAAAGGAAGAGACAUGAAGAGUUGAAUUUCACUGCCUUGUUUGGAACUGGGUGGAAAUCCUGGAGAUGGAUCUCUUAGGAGUCUGUCUUCCAAUUGGGUUAGAUGCACAGGAGCAAUGGAUCGCCCCAGCUACCUGGAAGAGGACUAUUCUAGCCUGGAUGGGCUGGACGAUGACGUGUUUCACUCUGAUGACUUUGGACUUGCAGGUCAGCCUGGUGAGAUGACUGCAACUGGCUUUUUCACACAGAACCAGUCCUACAGCUGCCUUCUGGGGAGGUUUCAACUAUUCCCCCUCACACACUGCUGUGGUCCCGGUAUCAGGCAUCCUGAGCAGCAGGACAAGGCAACUCAAACACUCAGCCCGUCCUCUUCCAGUCAGGAUGUUAUGUUGCCUUGUGGAGUCACUGAAGAGCCACGGAGACUCUUCUAUGGGAAUGCUGGUUACCGUUUACAUGUCCCUCCAGCUGGCUUUGGGUUGGAUCCACACCUCCAAGAGGAACCUCAGGAAGGUCAGCAGGAAGCACGUGCUGAGGUGCAGAUUGCACGGAAGUUGCAGUGCAUUGCCGACCAGUUCCACCGGCUCCACAUACAGAGGGAAGAAUCUUCAGAAAAGUUUCCUAAUACUGUAGUACAGAGACUCAGACUGUCCUGCAGCUGAGCCUGUAGCACCGGAAGCUCCAUACUUUACUUGUACCUGCAGUCUCUUUGAGACUUGGGUAAGUGUUUUCAGUCUUUUGUUUCCCUAGCAGGUCAGUAUGUUUCAGGAUCUUCCCAGCUGGCUGGUGCUUGCUGGUCCCUGCUGCUGCUGUGCACAGCAGUGAGUCACCUCUUCAGCUCUGCUUUCUGCGCAUUGCCUAUCAGUGCAGGACUUGAAUCUCCAGCUGAGGAUGCAGGAGCAUGGUGAGGGAGUGAACUCCUGAAGGGAGUGAGCCUGGUUUAGAGGGCAGGGGGUAGAGUGAGUGUGAGGUUGGGAAGACUGAGAUGUAAAACAAAGUUCUCGCGGGCUAUAGAACUGGAAUCCUAGGCUUGAGGAAAGGAGGUUGCCAUAGGGGGAAGAAGAAUUCUUAUGGUCAGUGGUGUCAGAAACUUGAGAUGAGGAAGUGGAGACAUUUUUUUUGCCUAAUGUUGUUAAAUUUUCAUUCUUUUUUCUUUUUUUCUUUUUUUCAUUUUGACCAAUA